AUGCUUCGACCUUGUAUAUUUAUUGCUGUACUAUUUAUUAUUUAUCAGUCGGCAGCCUCACAAAGUCUCACACCAAAUCAUGUCUCAUUAAAUGAAAAGCGGAAGCACAUCGAUGUCGACACGGCGUGGUUGGAUAAAAAGCAGCAAGAAGUGCAAAGGGUUUCCCUUGAUGCGUCAAACAAAGAGAAAGCGAUUCUGAGGCUCUUGAACUCGAAAAAGGAGCUCUCCGCGUCGGCGUCGGGAAACGUGGCCGCCGCCGAAAUUGCCGGCGGACAACGAGCGCAAGUGCAGCGAAUCGGGGACAAAGGAGGCAUUGCGACUGUUGAUGGACACAAAGCUCAACUCCGCACAAAAGACGACGAUGAGGGCCGUCAUGCGCUUUUGAAAGCCGAUGGGAAAUACGAGUUGGACACCAUCGCAAAGGGGGAUUUGAAAACGCCAAAAGAAACUGAGUUCGAGGCGCGAAACGAUCGCUUUAACUUCAAGGUGAACCCAGAGCAUCACGAUAAUCACACCGGUGACGGCACGGUCGCAUUCAAGGAUUUGGAAAAAGGCAAACAAGGUACUUAUGCGUACACGAUUGCACAAAACGGGAAAAAAACCGAUGCGACACUGUCAGCCGGUGAUGUGGGACCGGUCGGUGAUUUUGCGCAAAAUCUUUUCGGUAGACGCAGCGAGAAAUAUCAUUGUACAGCGGAAACUCCAGGCAUUUCACAAUGCUACGAUGCACAGGGACGGUCAGUUGGAAAGGUUGUAGCUGAUAAAAACGGGAACACGGUGAUCUACAAUGAGAAAGAUGUCCCGAUUGGCACUGGCUCUGUUCGCCAGCUUGGACCAAGAAGUUUUGAGGCAGUGAUCAGCAAAAAUCUCUUCAUCGCUCGGCUUAAAGACGCUCGAACAGCUCCAUGUUGUAGGGAGGUAAACGGUCAAGAGUGCGUAGCGCCGAUCAAACUCACCAAUCCACAAUUCAGCCAUCCGUCGCAAAGAGAGGGUGAUGGAACAGUGCAUUUAACUUGGCCCGACUGCUUCGAUAUGAGCAUUGACGUCACGUUGCCACCAGGCGUUCACAUCAACAAACUCGCCAUGAAGUUGGACGUUUCGAUUCAGCCGAUCGGCAAAUUGCGUUGCAUGGAUGUGGCGACGUGCGGCCGCGAGUGUUACUACUGUGAUUGGUGUAAGCCGAGCAGAAAACUCAAAUUGUUGGAGAACGCCGACGGGAAUUUAUGCCGAGCAACAGCCGAGCGAACGUAUCGAUUGACGACUCGUUUAUGUCCACCGCCUGAAGAUCCAAAUUUCACGAUGUGCUCUACGUUCACGAAGUCCGUUUGGCAAAAAGACUACUGGCAAAAGGAGGGCGCUGUCGAUGUUUGGAUGAAAUUCUAUGAGAGAGGACAGAGUCGGGCUGAGUUGGAAAAGGAAUUCUUUGCUCAACUCGACAAUCCGUUGCUCGGCAAAGCCUUCAAAUUGGCAAUCAUCGCCGAGUGGCUGGCGGCGAAUUCUUUGGAUCAAGGCAGCUACACUCCGACGAACUCCGAGCUGCUCGAGUACUGGGUGAGCAAACGGGACCCGGAUCGUCUGUUGGCUUGUCAACAUGGGGUGGUCGACUACGAGAUCGAGGGUGCUAAGGUGAAGACGAAUCUCCUCUUCGAAGCGGCCACAACGGCUAAUGACCUGCCGAACAUCUUCAAGGACAAGAAGUGCGGCAAGUUCGAGAAGUUACAAGAGGAGCGUUUCCAGGAAGAAGCAUCUGAUUUUAAACGACACGGUGGUGGUGGCAGCAUUCUUGGCGGUCUCGGCUCUUUCCUACAAACAGCACAGAAUUUCGCGCAAGGA